GCUUGCUACACUCCUCUGCAAACGGGAAUAAGUCAGGGGGAGUAUUUCAAAUGUUUACUCGCGAAUUCUUUUCCCUAAUGAGAUGCCGUAUUCAAUCGGUCUUUUAAGAGCGAGAAGCAGCCGAAUAUAAUUAUGCACAUUGAGGUCGAGGCAGCGUUAGAAGAUUCGUCCUAUAAGGGAAAAGAGCGUGUGUGCUUAACUAUUCGUCACGUUCCGCCUUGAUACGGACGAAUAGGGCUCUGGCUACCCCGUUUCUUCAUAUCCAAUCACGAAAAAGGCAUUUCCACUUUCAAGAUGCGUUCACGCCUUCUCCUCACUGGCCUCGUGUCCUUGGCGGUCGCAGACGUAGUGAAUCGAGUCGCAGCACCGUCUGUCGUUGCUCCUGCUCCCCAAGCGACUGUCAUCGGCAAACUGGAUGACACGAUCGAGAGCUUCCGAGGUGUCCCUUUCGCUCAGCCCCCAGUGGGCCACCUCCGAUUGCGUCCUCCGCUGCCGUUGAAUGCGCCGCUGGGAACCAUCGAAGCGACCUCACCAGCGCAAGCUUGCCCCCAGAUGUUCUUCAGCACUGCCAAUGCCCAACUUCCGGCGAACCUGCUAGGCAUCCUGAUGAAUCUGCCGCUGUUCCAAGAGAUCCUAAAUGCCGGCGAAGACUGUUUGACCCUCGACAUUUUUAGGCCUGCAGGGAUCCCAGCGGAUGCAAAACUGCCGGUGUUGUUCUGGAUCUACGGAGGGGGUUUUCAGCUUGGCUCGACUUCAUUGUUUAGCGGCGGCACAAUGGUGAAGUCUGCGAUCGACUUAAAUAUGCCUAUCAUCUUAGUGGGCGUGAACUAUCGCAUGGGAGGCUUCGGCUUCAUGGCCGGGAAGGAGAUCAAGGCGGAUACGGCCGGAAACUUGGGAUUGCUCGACCAAAGGCUUGGUCUGCAAUGGGUGGCGGACAAUAUCGCAGCCUUCGGGGGUAAUCCGGAUAAGGUUACCAUCUGGGGCCAGUCUGCGGGAGCGAUCAGUGUCUUUGACCAAAUGGUCCUAUUUGACGGCGACAACACCUACAAGGGAAAGCCGCUCUUCCGCGGAGCAAUUAUGAACUCAGGAGGAGUUAUCCCAGCCGACCCUAUCGACGGAGUUAAGGGCCAGCUCAUUUACGACACUGUCGUGAAGAACGCCGGAUGCUCAAGGGCGUCCGACACGCUGCAAUGCCUGCGCGAGCUCUCCUACAACGACUUCCUAGAUGCUGCUAACUCCGUUCCUGCUAUGCUGAGCUAUUUCUCUGUCUCUCUAGCAUAUCUUCCACGACCUGAUGGCUUCUCAAUGACCGAUUCUCCUGACGAACUUGGCCUUGCCGGCAAGAUUGCUAAAGUUCCAUUCAUCAUCGGUGACCAAGAAGACGAGGGUACUCUGCUCGCACUCUUUCAGUCCAAUAUUACAACGACGGAGGAGCUAAAUACUUACCUUAAUACGAUCCUCUUCCCCUUUAUUGAUAGGCCGAUCAUCGAAGGUCUUGUCGAUACCUACGGAAAGAGCUUCAUAGAAAGUAUCGUCGAAAACUCGCCGUUCCGGACUGGAUUGGACAAUAAUUGGUAUCCGCAAUUCAAGAAACUAGCCGCCAUUCUGGGCGACCUUACGUUUACACUAACGAGGCGCGCCCUUCUUGACGGCAUCGCUCUCGUUGCACCCGAAAUUCCGUCUUGGUCAUACCUUGCAUCCUACGGCUACGGCACGCCUAUUCUUGGCACAUUCCACCUCUCAGAUCUACUUCAAGUUUUAUAUGGCAUUAUGCCAAACUAUGCCAGUAGAUCGAUCCAUUCGUACUAUUUCAGCUUCGUACACAACCUAGAUCCGAAUAUCGGUGCCCACACGUACAUGAAGUGGCCGCAAUGGAAGGAAGGGAAGAAAUUAAUGAACUUCUAUGCUAAUCAGGCAUUGAUAAUGAAUGAUGACUUCCGACAGGAUUCAUAUGAGUUUAUAAUGAAGUACCGGACUAUGUUUAAGAUUUAAAGAAUAAUUUAAAGAAAGGAUGUUGGAAUUCCAUUGCCCCUAUGGUUCCC